AUGGAAGAAUUUCAUAAUCAAAUAAAUCAAUUACGUAUAAAUUCUCAACAAAUUGAAAAUUUUGAUAUAAGUUAUUUUGUUAAUGAAAUUGAACAAAUUGAUCAACAAUUGAAAUUUUCACAAGAAUUUCUUCUUAAAGAAAUUCAACGUUUAAAAAAAGAUUUAGAUAUAAAUUAUACGAAACUUAAUUAUGCUAAUGAACUUCGUGCAAUUGAUCAAGUAACAUUAACAACAUUUAAAACUAAAUUUCAAGACUUAAAAAAAUUACUUGCUGAUGUUAAAAAUAAAGAAAUAAAUGCAUGGCAUAUCAUUCAGAUUCUUCGAGUAAAUACUUCACGUCUAUGGCAUAUCUUAGAAAUAGCAAUAGGCACUACAAUAACUGAUAAAUUGUUAAAUGAAGAUUUAGAAAAAUUUCUUAAUCUAAUUCAAAUAGAAAAAGAUGAACAAACAAAAUGUUUAAAUUUAUUAGAAAAAGAACAUGGUAAUUUAUUAAUUAAAAUGAAAGAAAUUCAAUUAUUACUUGAAAAUUUUCGUACAUCAAUAUUACAAAUAAUACAAAAUAUAAAUGAAAUAAAAUUAAAAAUAAAUAAUCAACAAUAUAUUAAUAAUUAUAUUUAUGAACAAUCAUCAAAACGAAUAAAUAAUUUAAUUUUAAAUAUAAAAGAUGUUCAAAUUUUAUUUGAUGAUUAUAAAUAUCUUAUUAAUGAAAUUCAUAAUAUAUUAAAAUUAAUUUUUCAUAUACAAACACAAAUUGAAAUACAUCAUAAAACAAUAUUUAUUUAUCAAAUUAAUUUAAAAAAAUAUAAACAAAAUUUAACAUUAAUUAUAUUAAAACGAAUUAAUUAUGAAAAACAAAUUACAAAUUUAGAAAAAAUAAUUGAUCAACAAAAUCAAAAUUUAAAACAAUUAAAAAAUCAACAAAUACAUAUUAUUAAAUAUCGUCAAGAACUUUAUCAAAAUAUUAAUAUUUUUGAAAUAGAAAAAAAUCAAAUAUUAAAUAAACAACAACAAUUAAUUGAUAUAAUUAAACAAUCAAAUUUAAAAAAAAAAUUAUUAGAAAAAAAUAUUUUUCAUUCAAAUCAUUCUAUUUUAAAUUUACAAUAUUCAUAUAGAAAAUUAUUUAAAAAUCAUAAUAAACAACAAAAUAUUACAAAUAAUUUACAAAAAACAAUUCAAGCAAAUGAACAACGUUUACAAAUAACAAAAAUUGAAAUAAAUAAAUUAAAUAAUCAAGUAAAACAACAAAAUCAUCUAAUAAAUAAUAAUGAAGUUAAAAUUGAUUUACAUACAAAAGAAUUACAAGAUCUUGAAAAUAGUUUAUUAACAAUACAUGAAGAAUUGAAUGAUCAACAAACAAAAGUUAAUGAAAGUAAAACUAAAGUUAAAUUACUUAAACAAAAAAUACAUAAAAUUAUUGGUGAUGAAAAACCAUUAGUAAAAGAAAUUUCAUAUUAUCAAAAACAAGUUAAACAAAAUGAAAUAAAUUCUAAUCAAAUUGAAUUAAAUUUAAAACAAAAUGAAGAUAAAAUUAAUCAAUAUAAAACAAUUAUUAAAAAAUUAAUAUUAGAUUCAAAACAAUAUGAUCAUAGUCUUAUACAAGAAAAUUUAUUAUUAGAACAAUAUUAUCAUCAAAUAGAAAAAUCAAAAGAUAAUAUAAAAAUUUUAAAUAAAAAUUUAAAACAUUCGGAAUAUAAUUAUCAAAUAUUGAAAGAAAUAUUUUAUUAUACGGAAAAUGAAAAUAAAUUAUUAAAAUAUCAAUAUGAAAAUUUAACUUUUGUAGUACAAUUACUUGGACAUAGACAAGCAAUACGUAAUAAUCAAUUAGAACCAUUAUAUAAAACAAUAAAACAUCUUACUACACAACAUCUUAAACAAAAUAAAAUAAUCGAACAAUCAAAAUCAGAUCUUAAUAUUUUACAUAAAUAUUAUUGUUAUUUACAAUCAUAUAAUCAACAAUUACAACAAUUAAUUUCAUUUAAAUCUCUCGAACAUAAUGAAUAUCUUAAUUCACAAAGUAUUUCAAAUCGAUGUACUAAUUUUCAAAAUCAACUUAGAUUAGAAAUGAAAAAAAAUUUUAAUCAUAUACAUUAUUGGCAUAUAUUUAUGAUAAGUGCACCAGAUAAAUUUAAUAAUAUAUCAAAAUUAUUUUUAUUAAAAAAAAAAUUUGUUCAUAAAACAAAUGAACUUAUAAAUUUAAAAAAGAUCUUCUAUGAAAAAGAAACUUUAUAUCGUUAUGUAAAUAAUAUUUAUAUACGAAGACAAAAACUUCAUGAAAAAAUUAAUGUAUUCAAAAAUGAGUUUAUUAAUAAAAAAAAAAAGGAUAUUGUGAAAUAA